GACGGCCCAGAUCGGUCCUGUCCGAUCCCGGAAUUCGGUCCCCGUCCGGCGACGAAAGCGCGCAGAUGAGAUCUUCUUCCCCUCCGGUUUAGGCUAGACCUCGCCGGAUGCCGGAUCACCGCCCCACCCCACCCACACCCCCCAUGCGAUGAAGUGCCACUCUGUGUCCGCGCUCUGGUCGCCGUCACCGCCGUCACACCACGUCACCGCCGCCGCCGCAACCCCGGCCGCGCUCUUCACCGGCGCCGCAGACGGCACCGUCCUCCACUGGCCACUGGCGCCCGCCUCAGCUUCCCCAUCCCCGCGCCCGUCUUCCCUCCUCUGCGCCCACGCUGCCGCCAUCACCUCCCUCUGCCCACUCCCCUCACCGGCCUCCCUUCUCGCCGCCUGCACCGCGGGAGUGCUCUCCCUCUUCUCCACCUCCGCACCCCUCCGCUGCCUCCGCCGCCGCUCCCUCCCGCCCUGGGCCGGCUCACCCUCCCUCGUCGCUCCGCUCCCGUCCAUCACCUCCUCCCACCCUCGCGUCGCGAUCCUCUGCCACGCCCCUGAUGACGGCCACCGUCACGUGUCAGCCCUCGUGGUCGUCGACGCGCGUACCCUCGCCGUCCUCUACACCGUCUUCCAUGGGAUCCUCUCGGUCGGGACUCCGAGGGCGAUCGCGGUUAGUAGCGCCGGUGAUGAUGCAGUCAGCGUUGUGCUGGCUGACGCGCAGGGUCGCGUGCAGGUGAUGCCCGUGGCAGAGGGCGCGGCUGUAGAAGUGGACUCACCCAGGCGUCUCAGCGUGAGCUCGGUGUCCAGCGUCGCGUCUGCGGAGAUGGCGGACGGGAGGGUGGAGGCCUUGGCAUUGUCUAAUGAUGGGAAGCAUGUGGCUUUAGUGCUGAAGACCAGAUGUUUGUUGAAAUGCGUCACUGAGGGGGCUGUGCUCGGGGAGGUCUCUCUACUGGGUACAUCUCUUUGCAAGGACGAAAACACAGUAGACAAGUUAUGCACUGCUGGAGCUUUUUUCCUCAGCGGUGAUGAAUGGGAUGCUCAUGUUUCGGAUGACGGCGUUGUGGUUAGGAACUUGGUGUUGUGGAGUAGCAAUGGUGCUGCCACAAUGUACAGGGUUGCUCUUGGUAGCUCAUACUUUGAGUCUGAGGUAGUGUGUCAAAUUCCUAGCAACUUAUCUAUGCAAGGAGAGGGACUGGAAAUUAAAUUUUGCCGGUCAGACCGGCAUCUUGUUAGGGUUGAAUCUCGCUUUUAUAUGGUCGCUGGGUCAUUGUUGUGGAAACCAACAGUCCUCCAUAUGGUUCUAUUGGGAAUCCAGUUAGAACUGAAUAAAACAGUGAAUACGCAGACCAACCUACCUAUGAGUGAAGAAUUUAGGCCAGAGCCCUCUCAUUCUCAAUACAAUACCAACCGAGGGUUGGAAGUGAUUUCACAGAUGUGCUCAUCAGAAAGCAGUAUGUUAGAAAGGUAUGGAAGGACAGUGUCUUCGUCAAUGGUACUUUCUGAGGAUUCUUAUGCUCCAUAUGCUGUAGUGUAUGGUUUCCAUAAUGGUGACAUAGAAGUUAUCCGAUUUCUGAACUUGUCACCUGCUGCUGCAAAAUUUGGUGGUGGAGGGAUUUACCCACAUAUUUCAGAGAGGUUAUUUUUGGGGCACAAGAGAGCAAUUCUUUGCUUGGCUGCACAUUACAUGCAUGCCCACUCUGACUCUAGAAACUUCCACCGAGCACUCAUAUCAGGGAGUUUAGAUUGUACAGUUCGUGUCUGGGAUCUAGAUGCUGGCACCCUUCUUUCUGUGAUGCAUCAUCAUGUUGGUUCAGUUAAGCAAAUCAUACUACCACCUCCGUGGACAUACCACCCUUGGGAUGACUGCUUCCUUUCUGUUGGAGAAGAUGGCCUUGUGGCACUUGUUUCACUUCAAACCAUGCGUGUUGAGAGGAUGUUUCCUGGCCAUCCGGGUUAUGCAUCAUUGGUAGCUUGGGAGGGAGUAAAAGGGUACAUAGCUUGUUUAUGCAAGAAUCUCCACUCUUGCAAUGAUGCAGGUAGCGGAUUAUAUAUUUGGGAUCUGAAAACUGGUGCUCGAGAACGUGUUAUCAAUGGCACUGCUUCUCAGUCAGCGUUUGAGCACUUCUGCAGUGGUAUAUCAAAAAAUGCAGUUACUGGCAGCAUCUUAGGAGGAACAACUUCAGCAUCUUCCUUACUUGUUCCAAUUUUUAAAGACACGAGCCACCUUCGGUCUCAUGCAGAUAAAAGUGGUCAUGAUAUUUCAUCUGUGUCAACCAACCUUCACAAUGGAAGUACAGUUUCCGUGACUGUAAAUGCACCUACAACAUAUGAUUUUAAGGGGAAGACGCCAGCUCCAGAUGAAGCUCAUGAAUUCCAUGGAGAUAAUUCUGGAUACAAUUCAGGAAAGGCUGUUUCUUCCCACAGUGUUCAUAAUAAAAAAAUAAAGUGCCCAAUAAAGUGCUCUUGCCCCUAUCCUGGCAUUGCAAGUCUGAGAUUUGACCUCACGGCAAUCAUGUCAACACAAGGCAUGACAAACAUCAAUAGUGAUAGGCAGUUGAAAGAUCAUCUCCAUAGCGAGAAUCCUAAAGAAAUAUUGCAGCCUGGAACUUCAGAUAGUCCUUCUCGUGUUCAUGAAAUGGAUAGCCCCUCUAGAGAGUCACUGGAAGGGCGUUUACUUCGAUUUAGCCUCUGUUUUUUGCAUUUAUGGGAUGUUGAUUGCGAGCUAGACAAAUUGCUUGUAGACGAGAUGCAAGUUUGGAAGCCAGAAGGCUGCCAUAUAGCAACUGGGGUGGUAGGAGACAGAGGCUCAUUUACAUUGAUGUUCCCAGGCAAAGAAGCCACACUUGAGCUUUGGAAGUCUUCAGCUGAAUUUUGUGCCAUGAGGUCACUGUCUAUAGUGUCUCUUGCUCAACGCAUGAUUACAUUAUCUCGUUCUUGUACAAAUGCUAGCAGUGCAUUAGCAGCAUUUUAUACAAGGCAUUUUGCUGAAAAGGUUCCGGAUAUAAAACCUCCAUCUCUACAGCUUCUGGUGAGCUUUUGGCAACACCCUUCGGAACAUGUGCGAAUGGCUGCACGUUCCUUGUUCCAUUGUGCAGCUCCCCGUUCUAUUCCACAACCACUACGAAUAAACAAAAAUAAAGUGGCUGAUGUCCCUUUGUCUUCAUCAGAUAAUAUGAAUGAUCUUAUCUCUGCUGUGCAGAGUGCCUCUAUAUCCAAUUAUGGAGAGUUGAAGGCAGAUGAUCAAAAUGUUGAUAAAGAUGAUAGUGACACUGCUAAUAUGAUCUUAUGGUUGGAAUCAUUUGAAAAUCAGGAAUGGUUAUCAUGGAUAGGAGGCACAAGCCAGGACGCAGUGGCAUCAAAUAUCAUAGUUGCAGCUGCUUUGGUUGUUUGGUAUCCAAGUGUUGUGAAAGCUAAACUUUCAAGUUUAGUGGUUAGUCAACUAAUCAAGUUAGUUAUGUCGAUGAAUGAUCGAUAUAGUUCAACUGCAGCUGAACUUCUAGCAGAGGGAAUGGAAAACACUUGGAAAGCAUGCUUGGGUGCUGAGAUCACUCAUUUUAUGAGUGAUAUCCUUUUCCAAAUUGAGUGCCUAAGCACUGCACCUUCAAGCAAUGCCAUCAAUAAAACUGCAGUGGCCGUUACAAUGCGGGAGGCAUUGGUUGGCACACUUUUACCAAGCUUGGCUAUGGCUGAUGUAACAGGAUUUUUUGGUGUAAUAGAGAGCCAAAUUUGGGCUACUUCGUCUGAUUCACCUGUUCAUGUCGCUUCACUUAAAACUAUUAUCCGUGUGGUUCGAGGUGCACCGAAGUCCUUGGCCCCCUAUCUCGACAAGGCAAUCAGCUACAUUCUGCACACUAUGGAUCCAAGCAAUCUAAUAAUGCGAAAAGCUUGUAUUAUUAGUUCAAUGAUGGCUCUAAGAGAAAUGGCACGUGUAUUUCCGAUGGUUGCUCUCAAUGAGUCAAUGACAAGAUUAGCUGUUGGUGAUGCUAUUGGAGAGAUUCAUGAUGCCACAAUUCGAGUCUAUGACAUAGAAAGUGUCACAAAGAUAAGAAUUCUUGAUGCAAGUGGACCACCAGGUCUUCCAAGCUUACUUGCAGGAUCAUCAAGUACAACAGCAACCAUACUGAUAUCAGUUCUGAGUUUCUCACCUGAUGGAGAGGGUCUGGUUGCCUUCUCUGAGAAUGGAUUGAUGAUAAGGUGGUGGUCAUUAGGUAGUGCCUGGUGGGAGAGGCUGAGCAGAAGCCUUACUCCUAUUCAAUGCACAAAGCUUAUCUAUGUUCCUCCAUGGGAAGGAUUUUCACCUAACUCUGCUCGCUUAAGUAUAAUUUCUAGCAUUUUAGGACAUGAUAAACAUGGAAUGUCAGAGAAGAAGACAAAGGAACUAGGCGAGGCAGAUAAUCUGAAGUUAUUGCUUCAUAAUCUUGACCUUUCAUACCGCCUUCACUGGGUUGGUGGAAAGACUAUCAAACUUAUGAGGCAUGGCCAGGAGUUGGGUACAUUUCAGCUGUGAUCGGCUUACCAAUGGUUCAUGUAUCUUGAGUUGCUUUGUAGUGUUGAAAAACAGCUGAUUUGCUGGCUGGCAAGUCUAACAAGAAUCACCAGUACAUAUGUCAUGUGAGGACUGCUAUUCACAUGCAGCCCAGGAUGGGCCUCAUCUGUUUCAUGUUACAGUUACAGAACUGUUACAGAACUACUAUUCACAUGCAGCUCCCAGGAUGGGGCUCAUCUAUCACACCAUUGGGUUCCAGAGUCCAGGAUGCUUUUAGUAUGAAUUCCUGGAGCAAUCAGUUGAGGAUUUGUUCGCUGGGUUUGGGAGUCACAAUCAAGUCCUUGAGAAGCGAUUUUCGAGCCUCUUCAUUUGUCUGAAAAGUCAUGACUAGUAGAUUCGGCAGAUAAGCUCAAGCAAACGGGCUCGAAGAUGUGUGCAAAGUGUUGUUGUAGACUAAUGUUGGGACUUGGGACAAGAGGCAAGGGAAGAUGGUUCAUGGUUGCAACGUGGUCGGUAUAUGUGGUCUUUGUGCGGCAAAGACUCUCUGUACUGUACGGCUCUGACGAUGUUUUUUUCCCCUAUAUAUAAAUCAUUUAAUUAUAUCAGUUUUAGCGGAGUACAUGGAUUUGAGAAACAUUUCCAAAGACAUGAUUGUGGUUGUGGACUCACGGUUUCCUUGCCUGCCGUUUACUCAUGGUUUCCGCCUCGUCC